AUGAUGCAAAUUAAAGCAAAUAUUGCGCGCAUGAAGUAUCGCUCUGUCUGUUCCGAGUUAAAAGAGAAAUCGGUUUUCUAUUCUUCUUCCUUAAAAGACCUAGAAGAAGGGAUAAGACAACAAGAGAAUGAGAUCAAGCGCUUACAGGGAGUGAAAGAAGAAGCAAUAGAAUUAAAAGAUAGUACUCAAGAGACCCUGGUAAAAGAAGAAAUUGAGAAGACAAAUUCCAGCAAAAAACGCGAUUCCAUUAUCAAGGAAUUCAGGCAGCGCGUAUCAGAACGAAAAAUGGAAUUGGAACAAUUGGAACGUAUGAUAUUUCAUACCCGACCACGGAACAAUUUUGAAAUACGUGGGAAAACUCGCCUACAAGCACAAGAGGACAUUAUCAAAGAUGAACUGGCACGGCUAGAGGAGGCGUUUGCCAAACUGCGAAGCGCCACCGGAGUGUCCAAAUCUGAGGAAGUUCUGAACCGGUUUUUGGGUCAACAGGCGACUAAAGAGAGUUUACAGAAAAUGCGAGCAGCUACAGAGCAAGAAAAGAUGGUACUGGAAAAGAAAAGACAGGAGCUCAGCACUGAGAUAGAGACGAGAAAAUUUUCGGAAACAAAGAAUGCCGAACAAAAUGCCGAGGUGAUGGCAAAACUCAACUCGGAGAUCGAUAAACAGCAAUCUCGUAGAGAAGACGCUGAAAUUGCAAGUCAACGAAUCCGCGAACUGUUAAAUGAAAUAACUCGUACGCUAUAUAAGUUGUGUGACAAAUUUCAGCAUGCUACAGAUGCUCCUUUGCUUGAAGACAAAAUAGAUGAUAUUUUAGCGCUUAUUGAAUUAUUAAGCGAUAAAGUAAAACAUGGACUCGAUGUUUUAAGCAUAUCUGACAAAUAUAUCGAGACAAUGGAUGAAGCAUUACUAGACAAGUUGGAAACAAUGUCGGCUACUACGACUUCGGUAGAUGGUAGAACAAUGCAUGUUAACAGCGGCGGACCAUUGUUUCCGCGAUUUCCAUCUUGUGCGACUCCGGCUGCUCCUCUUUCAGAAGACGAAGAGGAAGUUCCAUCGCGAAACGUAUUAAAAAGACAAGCACAAUUGCUUGUCGAUACUAAAAGCCGUCGUAAAGGAUUCGCUUUUAGAAGAUAAACU